AUGAGGUUUUCUUUGGUGGCACUGGCGACUCUGGUCGGCUCUGCUGUGGCUGAUUUGGAUCCUAUUGUUAUCAAGGGUUCCAAGUUCUUCUACUCUAGCAACAACACCCAGUUCUACCUUCGCGGUGUCGCCUAUCAACAAACCGCCGAUGGAAACAGCUACACUGACCCUCUGGCCGAUGCCACUGCUUGUGCGCGUGAUGUUCCUAUUAUGAAGGAGCUUCGCACCAACGUCAUUCGUACCUACGCCAUCAAUGCCUCGGCCGACCACUCCGCCUGUAUGAAGUUGUUGUCAGAGGCUGGUAUCUACUUGAUCUCUGAUCUUUCUGACCCCUCCCAAUCGAUCGACCGUAGUGACCCUACCUGGGAAACCUCGCUCUACACCCGGUACACCAGCGUCAUUGAUGAACUCUCCCAGUACAACAACACCAUUGGUUUCUUCGCCGGUAACGAGGUUUCUAACACCGUCGCUACCUCGGACGCCAGUGCCUUCGUCAAGGCUGCCGUUCGUGAUAUGAAGAAGUACAUUAAGCAGAAGGGUUACCGGUCAAUGGGUGUUGGAUACGCCACUGCUGAUGUAUCUGCUAUCCGUGAGAACAUGGCCGACUACUUCGACUGCGAGAGCUCCGACGAGACUAUUGACUUCUGGGGCUACAAUAUCUACUCAUGGUGUGGUAACUCUUCAUACACCGAAUCUGGCUACAACACUCGCACUGAGGAGUUCCGCGACUACUCCGUUCCCGUCUUCUUCGCCGAAUAUGGUUGUAACGAUGUCACUCCACGUCAGUUCACUGAGGUAACUGCCCUGUAUGGCGACACCAUGGCUGAAGUGUGGUCCGGUGGUAUCGUGUACAUGUAUUUCCAGGAGACCAACAACUACGGCCUGGUUUCCGUUGUCGACAGCACCAGUGUCAGCACCAUGGCCGACUUUAAAUCCUACUCCAAGCACAUUGCUACUGCCGACCCUACCGGCACCAACAAGGCAUCAUACACUCCUACAAACACCGCUCUGCAAAGUUGCCCUACUGUUGGGUCCGACUGGUUGGCCAAAGCGUCUCCUCUGCCCCCUAGCGCCGAUAUUGAUCUUUGCGAGUGCAUGUACGAUGCCGCCGGCUGUGUUGUGGCCGAUGACCUCGCCACUAGCAAGUACUCCAAGUUGUUCAGCACUGUCUGUGGCUACACCGACUGUGGCGGUGUUGACCGCAAUGCCACCACUGGCGAGUACGGUGCCUACAGCAUGUGCACUGCCAAGCAGCAGCUCGCCUUCGCCCUGAACAAGUACUACGUGGAGCAGGACCGCUCCGCCUCCGCCUGUAGCUUUGCUGGAUCUGCUACCACCAAGGCCACUACCAGUGCCACUGGUACUUGCUCCGCCCAGAUGAAGGAGGCUGGUACCGCUGGCACCGGCACCGUCACCACUGAAGCCACCGCCACUGCUGACUCCAGCUCCUCUUCCGGCACUUCGACCUCCUCCAGCGGCGGUGCUAUGAGCAUUCAAUCCAGUGUUACCUUCGGAUCUUACCAGAUUGGUGCCUAUCUGGCCACCGCACUCCUGGCGGGUAUUGGCAUGAUUGCACUCUAG